CAUCAACGUUCACGCGCAUCAGUGCAAAAAACAGGAGCUAACAACAUGGCGGACGUACUAGAUCUUCAUGAAGCGGGAGGCGAGGACUUUGCUAUGGAUGAGGAUGACAGCAUCCACAAGUUAAAAGAGAAGGCAAAGAGGAGAAAGGGACGAGGUUUUGGUUCCGAGGAGGGAGCGAGGUCCAGAGUGAGAGAGGACUAUGAUACAGUGGAGCAGGAUGGAGAUGAGCCAGGUCCUCAGAGAUCUGUGGAGGGUUGGAUCCUUUUUGUGACUGGGGUACAUGAAGAGGCAACUGAGGAGGACAUCCACGACAAGUUUGCAGAGUUUGGAGAGAUCAAGAACCUACAUCUGAACCUGGACCGAAGAACAGGUUACCUCAAGGGUUAUGCGCUGGUGGAGUAUGAGACAUACAAAGAAGCCCAGGCAGCCAUGGAAGGGUUGAAUGGCCAGGACAUGAUGGGCCAGCCUAUCAGUGUGGACUGGGGCUUUGUCAGAGGACCACCCAAGAGCAAGAGGAGGAGUGGUGGACGGAGACGCAGCAGGAGUCCAGACAGGAGACGACGUUGAUUCCCCACAUCUGCUCUUGAAAGGGUUAUUUUUAGCACCAAAUACACUGAUCAGUGAAACUUUUUUUGCAUCAACAACAAACUGUUUUAAAGUAGUGGUAUUCUUAUGGAUCCCUCUAUUCUGUUUCAAGGUUUAAUUUGGUUAUGUUCUGGGCCAUGUUUCCCAAACGCAUAUUAAGGCUAAGUUCAUUGUUAAAAUCAUAGGAUCCUUGGUUUUCAUGAUGAACUUAGCCUUAAGAUGCUUUUGGAAAUCUGGGCAUUUGUGUGGCCUUUUUUGAAUGUAUUACAUGGGAAUAAAACAUUUAAGUGAA